UCGAAUCUCCUUCGUCUCAUAUAAGAAAUUUAGAGGAUGAAGUUCAAGAAAUGAAAUCUUAAUUGUAAAGCUAUUUAACUCACUCUCACUGGAGCUGAGGGAAAGUUUAACUUUUGUUUUGUGUAUUUUUGUCGGUGUUCCACGGGAACAAGAUUGCGCGUAAAUCGCAGCGCGAGGUGCGUCCGGUGCUGUCGAGGCUGGGCGUGAGAGCGCGGGUCAUCGCCACGGGCGUGCUGGGUGUUGUCAUGGUGCUGGUGUUGGUCAUCCUCAUCCCGGUCUUGGUCAGCACAGCGGGGUCCGACGCGCGGUACGAGAUGCUCGGCGCUUGUCGCAUGGUGUGCGAUCCACAUGGAACCAAGUCUCCAUCCUCGGCACCGGCGGAUAAUUCCCGCGAAAACCGCUUAGUUCAGCCCCCACCGACAUUCAUCAGGGGUGCAAAAGGGGAGCUAGGGCGUUCAGGAAAGAUCGGCCCGAGAGGUCUCCCGGGUCCGCCCGGACCACCCGGUCCACAGGGGGUCAUCGGAGAACCGGGACCACCCGGACCACCGGGCGUCACGGGUGUCAUAAGCGCAGCGACGUACAGCACCGUACCCAAGAUCGCCUUUUACGCGGGACUCAAGAAGCAACACGAGGGCUACGAGGUGCUCAAGUUUGAUGAUGUGGUCACCAACUUGGGCAACCACUAUGACCCCACGUCCGGUAAAUUCACCUGCUCCAUCCCGGGGAUCUACUUUUUCGUGUAUCACGUAUUAAUGAGAGGUGGUGAUGGGACCAGCAUGUGGGCUGAUCUGUGUAAAAAUAAUCAGGUGCGUGCAAGUGCAAUAGCGCAGGAUGCGGAUCAGAACUAUGACUACGCCAGCAACAGUGUGAUAUUACACCUGGAGCCUGGAGAUGAGAUCUACAUUAAACUAGAUGGUGGAAAAGCACACGGUGGAAACAACAACAAAUACAGCACAUUUUCAGGCUUCAUGGUGUACGCUGAUUAAUACCUGUGACUGCGCUUUCAGAUGAGUCUAAUUUCAAUGUCACAAAACAUUCAAACUUGUGACAUUACAUCCUUGUCAGAGUGAACUAUUGAUCACAACACCUGCAGCAUGACAUGAACACAUCGUCUCUCCACACAUUAGUUUUUUGAAAAUCACUGUGAUUUUAAAAUAUCUCAACGCAACUGGUGAUUUUAGUAGAUUUAUUGAGAUUAACUCGCAGUGAAAAUCAUUUGACAUCUUCAUUCCAUAUGUGCCUAACGUACACUGAUACAUGGCUGUUACAGAAAAAUUAAACAUAGUCGAUAUUU